CUCCUGUGAUAAUCCUAUGAUGUCCCUGUGGAUGAUUAAAAAAUGUCGGUAGUUUGUUUCCGAGAGAUGCGACUCUGCGUCUUGAAGACUUGUGCCAACUACCUAUGAGAUAAACCCCGUGCCUUGCGAAAUCAUGUCCGCGAACCGCGAGAUCCCGGGAUACUAUUUUGAUCCCGAGAAGAAGAGGUACUUCAAGAUAGAAAACAGCAAGACCGCUCCUUCGGAGGCACCAUGGUCGGCAGAAAACGUCAAGCGCCGGAAGAUAGCCGACCGCGAGGCCGCACGUGCUCGCGAGCGGUUGGAGCGGUCCAAGUGCCGGGUCAAGCAAUCAAGGGUCCUUGCCGAGCCUCUGAUGGGAGGGUUCCUCCGCCGGGAGACUGGACGACUCUCGCCCGAGGUGCCCGUGGCCAGCUUUGCCAGGGGACUGCGCGAAAAGGGCAGCGUGCCCCUGUUUCCGCCUGAGAUGCCGUCUCCCGUCAAUAUUGCCCACCUUUACGUCGGAAAUCAUGACUGCAACCUCGGAUUUGGUGUUGUUUAUGGAACACUGGAUGAGGAGAGCCUUGUUGGGUGCUACAUCCCGAGAGAUAACAACGACAGAAUCGACGAGGAUAUUGUCAACAAGUAUCGGCUUGACAGCCGCAUGCCCCGAGAAGAAAUAAUCAUGUGUCCUCAGAUGUCCUCCUUGAAGUACCAUGAACCGUCUCACAGGAUACUGCUCACAUCUCGCAAACCCGGACCCAGAGUAGGGGUGUCAUUCUUCUCACCCCAGGUGUCGUACGGCAGGGAUACCGAGCCGGAAUGGUUGAUAGGGGGUGCCGACCACUACGAAAACUUCUCCCGUUUCUCCCCUAGCCCAGAUUGCGUUGCCAACACGUGCACCCCAGCACCCGCGUCCUCGGACCUGAUCUGCCUGAUAGGGACCAGCGACGGGAUCCUCCAAUUCCGGCGGGAGGGCCCCCUGACCUGGCUCACCCCCGGCGGCGGCGCGGCCCCGCCGUCCCACGCCACCGGUGCCGCUGCGGCGGGGCCGCGCGACGUCUUCAGCAUAGACUUCCUGGCCGGCAACCCCAACGUCGUGUUCGCGGGGGGCCGCUCGAGCCGCCUGUCGAUGGCGGACCUGCGCACGGCGCCGCGGUCGUGGGAGGAGCUGGCGAUCCGCCACGCCAGCUCCGUCGCGCACGUGCGGUCCCUCAACGAGCACCAGGUCCUCGCCGCGGGGCCGAGGUCGGCAAUGUGCGUCUACGACAUCCGGUUCCGCAAGGAGGCGGCCGCCGCCGCGCGGCCCAACGACGGCGGCGGCGGCAGAAGACGCGCGGGGAGAGGAGGAGGCGCGGGGAAAGGUGCACACCGUCCCCUGCUGACGUUCCCCGGAUUCCGGAACGGGGCCCAUAUCCACUUUGGCCUCGACGUCGAGCCCGCCAUGGGUGUCGUCGCGGCCGCACACGACAACGGAGGUGUCGGCGUCUACUCGCUGCGGAGCGGCAGGAGGCUCGCGUGCCCGCCCGUGGACAAGGUCGCCAUCCGGGGUGGCGUCGUCAAGGGCGUCAUGUUCCAGACCCUUCCGAGGGAUAGAUUGCCGAGCCUCUUUCUCGGGGAAGGAGCCAACGUGUGCAAGUACUCGUUCGGCGUCCUUGACGGGGCGGAUGAGAUACUCGAGGAGUAGACGAGAGAUGGAGAACCCCUCGAGGGAGAAGGGAACCUCGUGGCAGGGGAGAUGAUCGAAUGUCGUCGUGCGGCUUGUUGUCCUACUACGUCUUAGAAAGGUACUCCUAUAAAAUACAAUGAUACCCCCGGUACCCCAACCCAACCCCCCAAAAGCAUCGACGCCCAUAAAAGCACCUUCAAAACCCAGAAGCAGCUCGCCAGUCCCUUUUUUGAGUUAUGCCGUUUUAAAACCUUGAGCCAGAACCCCUAAGCCCGUGAUCUCUUUUCCGAACCACGCCCAUGACCCCAAAGCACCAUGACCUCUCAAAUUGCUUCUGAAAAAAAAGCAAGGGGAAAUGACCCAGCACCGGUAGAACCUAUACCGAUACUAGAUUCCG